GCGAGCGCGCGGGGAGCGCAGCUGCGGCUGUGGGGACGGCAGGAGCCCGCGGUGCCGGCGCUGAGAGAGCGCGACAGGGAGAGAGAAAGAGAGAGAGAGAGAGAGAGAGCGCGGAGCGCCGGGCGGGCCGGCGGGCGGGCGAGACAAUAGACGACGACGAUAGGGCCAGUUUUGAGCUGAAUGAGUUUUGAAUGAAACUUGAAACACGAUCAAGAAGCCUUCAAGGAACAACUGAUAUUCUUCAAAGCCAUCCAUGAAUGUGACAUGGAAUGUUCUCAACUCAGAGAGAGAUGAAUAACUGACUGUCUGCUGGAAGUUUGGGUCAAGAUAGCUUCCUGCUAGUUUGGAACGAGUGUCUGGAGAACCCGAAGCAAAGAAAGGAAACAAGUUGAUCUUUUCUUUUAAUUGGCUGUGUAUUUGGCUUCUAAGAACAAAACCAAGUGAAGUCAGGUUUCUGCCGGGACUGGUUCUUCAUCAUCUUGUGCUCAGGUCGGACAUUGUAGAGCUGCUGAUAGAGAUCUGGAGCCUUCUCUGGUGCUCCUUCACCCCUUGGACUGUAAGAAUGAGUGAGUUCUGGCUGUGCUUCAACUGCUGUAUUGCGGAGCAGCCUCAGCCUAAAAGGCGACGGCGGAUUGACCGAAGUAUGAUUGGAGAGCCAACAAAUUUCGUGCACACGGCCCAUGUAGGAUCGGGAGACCUGUUCAGUGGAAUGAAUUCAGUGAGCUCCAUCCAGAACCAAAUGCAGUCCAAGGGUGGCUACGGCGGUGGGAUGUCUGCCAGUGUGCAGAUGCAGCUCGUGGAUACGAAGGCAGGAUAGCCCUGGACCUUUGCCCGUCAUUGUGAAUUUUCUUUUUCCACUGCUCUAUAAUUUUUUUUUUUUUGUCUUGUGAUUGCAUUUCUUUUAUAUUUUAAUUACAAAAAAAAAGUGUGACGGCCACCUGUUCAUCCCUGUGAUCUCCAGUGAACCGCUGCUGCUCCGAGGAAGGUAGCGUCAGGCAAGCCUGCAUUUCCUUCAGCGGCCUGCAUGCCUUGGGACUCUUGGGAGAGUUCUUUGGAUCUUAGCUGAACUUUCAAUGUUGAAUCGAUGUGGAUCUUAUCUCAGCAUGACCCUUUGUGAAUGCUAGCACUGUUUGCAGUUUUUCCACCUUAACCCUUUUCCUCAUGCUUUCAGCUUCUGCCCUAUGACUCCACUGAUAAGCAGAGACCUGCAGUCGCCUGCUGGCUGGUCACCCUUUAUGUAUGUUUUGGCAAGUGUGCGACCUGCCAGCACACCGACCAUCCUUGUUUGUUCAGAAGACGCCGUGCAUGCUCCAUGAUGGAGGGUGGGAGCCUGUGGUGCCGGAGCAGGCAAGUCAGCCCUGCGGGCCAAGGGUGGCACAGCUCUUAGUGGAAGUGUGCAGUGGCACCAAGUCACCUCGGUUUCACAGGAAAAGAUACCCUUGUAGCUUAUUUUGGUCUGUUGGAUUAGCUUGCAGUAACAGAACAGCUUGCGUUCAUGCGCAUCAUGCACUUGGUUGUAAAUGUUCAGUGUAUUUAUUUUGAGCGCGAGGACCUGUGAUUGUGAGCAGGCGUGGUUCCCAGCUGAGUGCUGUGGUGAAACGCAUCUAGCCUGACCCUGCGCACCAUAGUCCUGGUAGCUGGUCUUCAGUCUCUCGUGUUUUUCUUGUUUUGUGUCCAAGCUCUCACAUCCAGUGGCUCCACCAGCAGCAUGCUGUGCUGCUGGCCUCUGCCGACUGCGAGUUGCAGAAUCAUUGGACGCCCUCACUGCCAGUGAGAAGAGCCUGCCCAGCCUCGUGGCAUAAGCCUUUGCGCAGGUUGCGGGCCUGCCCCUUAGUGUCCAGGCGUCCGCACGCUCCCCUCCGUUAGUUAGUGUGGAGGCAGAUCCCGUGGUGCAUGCUCUUCAGGUGUUUCAACCCUGUGUUCAACUCAGGCCUGUUUAACUACUUUCCCGAGGGUUACCAUUCACGCAGCAAAGGGAUCUGAUUGCAGCUUAGAGAGCUGUUGGCGUGUAGGAGUGGUGAUCAUUCUCUCCUCUGCCUUCAUCAGUCUCCCUCCUAACAAACAGCACACUCCUCUCCUGAGGAAUGCCUACUGAAGAAGUGUCAGGCCAGCAUAGGCAAAACGUGAGAGCAUUUUCUAGUAGAGUGGGGCAGCCAAUGACUCCAUCUUCUGAUUUUGCAAUUUUGAGAAUUCCUAGGUGUCAAUGCCAAGCAGAGAUAAUCUGUCAAGGAAGAACAUUUAAUUAUCUGUUCUUGUUAAUUCACCGUGUGGACACUGAAUUCUGGGAUUUGCUAUUCUGCUCAGCCAGGGUCAGUUUCCUGCCAGGGCACUGCUGUGAGCAAGCUCUUUAAGACAGACUGGAUUUUCCUGCCAUUAUCAGCGCUGAUGCAUUUUGACUUAAAAUUGAAACAGUACAGGGGGCCAUUGUCCCUUGUCCCCAGUUGCUCUUUUUGCUGCUCCGAGGUCAGCCAGUGUUGGAGUCUAUCUCUCUUUAAGCCGGAGGCCCCGCUGACCUCACAGCACAGGCACCAGCCCCUGGGCCUUCCUUGGGAAGGUGCCAGUGAGAAAAUCAGAGAGAGACCUGCCAUGUAGUGCUCUGUGGAAGCUCGACGGCAUUGGCAAGUGUGCAGGGAGGCAGGUUCACCUUCGUGAAUGGGAUUGUAAAGCAGGGGAGCUUGAUUCCCCCGAGCAACACAUCUUGUUUCUACAUUGAAGCUAGUAAGAGUUCCGUACACAGAAUUCAUUAGCUUGUGAGCGGUUCGCUAACACUGGGAGAGGGAAGCAGGAAAGUCAUCUGGUAGCACACUCCAGCACGUCUGUACAGCAGCUUUCCCACGGCGCGGCCAUGCUGGUGCCAGGAGGUGUAGAGUGGGAGCGCGGGCUCUGCGUCCCCAGCGGGCCUGGAAGAGACUUUGUGAGUACAUUAGCUUCACUUUACUAAACUAGAGCGGUUUCAUUAUAGAGACUUUGCCUUGAUUUUGUUUCAAGUGACUUCUGCUCAGCACCCAGAAGAUAAAAUUGACAUAUUUUUAUAAUAUAAGCAUACUUUUUUUGUACAUUGUGUUCAUUCUUGAAUAAAGUGAGUUCAUUGUUGGCUUGUAGAUAUUAUAAAGAAAGUAUUGAUUUUGAUUCAAUAAAUGUUUUCUUUCAGU